CGACGAACCUCCUCCUCCUCCUCCGCCCCCGCCUCCUCCUCCGCGCCUGCACCUCCGCAUCCCUCUUAGGGACUCUGGUUUCACAGCACAUGUCUGGAGCUGAGGCUCCCUCUGCACCACUUCCCAAUGGCUUCCAACUCUAGCCCCUCGAUGCUCACCAAAUUCGAAUCCAAGUCAUCGCGAGCAAAGGGAAUCGCCUUCCAUCCCAAGCGUCCCUGGAUCCUCGUCUCGCUCCACUCCUCCACCAUCCAGCUAUGGGACUACCGCAUGGGAACCCUGAUUGACCGCUUCGAAGAGCACGAUGGCCCCGUCAGAGGCGUCGACUUCCACAAGACACAACCUCUCUUCGUAUCCGGAGGAGAUGACUACAAAAUCAAGGUGUGGUCGACGCAGACCCGACGAUGCCUCUUCACGCUGAAUGGCCAUCUGGAUUAUGUCCGAACCGUCUUCUUCCACCACGAGCUGCCCUGGAUCAUUUCCAGCUCCGAUGAUCAGACCAUCCGCAUAUGGAAUUGGCAGAACAGGUCGCUGAUCUGCACCAUGACCGGCCACAACCACUACACUAUGUGCGCACAAUUCCACCCCAAGGAGGACUUGGUAGUCUCCGCCUCACUGGACCAGUCAGUAAGAGUUUGGGAUAUCUCGGGUCUGCGAAAGAAGCACUCUGCGCCAUCGAACUCCAUGUCGUUCGAGGACCAAAUAGCAAGAUCCAACCAGAAUCAGGCGGAUAUGUUUGGCAACACAGAUGCUGUGGUGAAGUUCGUGCUGGAGGGGCAUGAUCGGGGUGUGAACUGGGUCGCUUUCCACCCAACCCUGCCACUCAUUGUCUCCGCUGGCGAUGACAGGCUGGUGAAGCUCUGGCGCAUGAGCGAGACCAAGGCGUGGGAGGUGGACACAUGCAGAGGGCACUUCCAGAACGCUUCCGCUUGUGUCUUUCAUCCUCACCAGGAUCUGAUCCUGUCUGUGGGAGAGGAUAAGACCAUCCGUGUCUGGGACUUGAACAGGAGGACCUCUGUGCAAUCAUUCAAACGUGAAAAUGACCGCUUCUGGGUCAUUGCUGCACAUCCAGAGAUCAACCUCUUUGCGGCUGGCCACGACAAUGGCGUGAUGGUGUUCAAGCUGGAACGAGAACGUCCGGCCUCUGCUGUAUACCAGAACAAUCUGUUCUACAUCACCAAGGAGAAGCACGUUCGCUCUUAUGACUUCACAAAGAACAUCGAGAGUCCCUCCAUGCUCUCUCUGAAGAAGCUCGGCAAUGCCUGGGUUCCUCCGCGAACUUUGUCAUACAACCCUGCCGAGCGAUCUGUACUUGUCACAACGCCUGCGGAUAGCGGUAUAUACGAGCUUAUGAGCUUGCCGCGCGACGCAUCUGGCGCUGUGGAGCCGACCAGCACGCAUCGUGGAAGCGGCAGCUCUGCAGUCUUUGUCGCAAGAAACAGGUUCGCCGUGUUCAAUUCGCAAAACCAGCAAAUUGACAUCAAGGAUCUCCAGAACUCCACGACCAAGACUAUUAAGCCACCCACCGGCACUACUGAUAUGGUGUUCGGCGGUACUGGAUGUCUGCUCCUUAUCGCCCCGACACACGUCUAUCUGUACGACAUUCAGCAGAAGAAGCAGCUUGCCGAGCUCGCCGUUGCUGGGGUCAAGUACGUCGUCUGGUCAUCAGAUGGUCUUCAUGCUGCAUUGCUUAGCAAGCACAAUGUAACGAUUGUGGACAAGUCGCUCAAGCAGAUCAGCACUCUCCAUGAGACGAUCCGUAUCAAGAGCGCUACUUGGGACGACGCAGGUGUGCUUCUUUACUCCACUCUCAACCACGUCAAGUAUGCACUGAUGAAUGGUGACAAUGGCAUUGUCCGGACACUCGAGCAUGUCGUAUAUCUCGUUCGUGUCAAGGGUCGCAGCCUCUACUGCCUCGAUCGCGCCUCCAAACCAAAGGUGCUCACUAUCGACCCCACCGAGUACCGAUUCAAGCUGGCCUUGGUCAAGAGACACUACGAUGAGAUGCUGAACAUUAUCAAGAACUCGAGUCUUGUUGGGCAAAGUAUUAUCUCCUAUCUGCAGAAGAAGGGCUACCCAGAGAUCGCAUUGCAGUUCGUGCAAGAUCCACAAACACGCUUCGAGCUGGCCAUCGAGUGCGGCAACCUUGAUGUUGCGGUCGAGAUGGCACAACAGCUCGACCGUCCCAAGCUUUGGCAGCGAUUAGGGACGGAGGCUUUGGCGCAUGGCAACCACAAGGUCGUGGAGAUGACCUACCAGAAACAGCGUAACUUUGACAAGCUUUCAUUCUUAUACCUGACCAUCGGCGACCAAGAGAAGCUCAACCGCAUGGCCAAGAUCGCAGAACAUCGCGGUGAUGUUACGAGUCGCUUCCAAAACUCCAUUUACUUGGGUGAUGUGCAAAGCCGGAUAGAUAUGCUGAAGGAUGCAGACCAAUACCCGCUAGCAUAUGUGACUGCGAAGGCACAUGGUUUGGAAGAUGAAGCUCAAUCUAUCCUCGAAGCGAGCGGCUUGACCGAAGAAGAGGUCACACUGCCAACUCUUGGAAAGCCUGUAUCACUGCCAAAAGCUGUGAACCCCACGUUCAAGGACAACUGGUACACGAAACCAACUGGCACCAAUGCUUUCGAGAAGGCUCUCGCCGGCGAAGAUGGCGACGCCAUUGUAGACACCAAUGGGUACGGGGAGGAAGACCUGCCCGAAGACGUGACCGCUGCUGGCAAUGGUACAUUGGAUGAGGACGGCGACGAUGAUGAUGCUGCCGAAGGCUGGGAUAUGGGUGAUGACCCCAUUGCUGAAGUCGAGGAGGAUUUCGUCAACGUGGAAGGUCCCGAAGCUGGUGCUGGCAGCAGCGAAGCCGAUCUGUGGGCGCGCAAUUCUCCGCUUGCAGCUGAUCAUGCAGCGGCGGGCAGCUUCGACACAGCCAUGAAUCUGCUUAACCGACAGGUCGGCGCCGUCAACUUCAAACCACUCGAAGCUCGCUUCCUGGAGAUUUUCCAAGCCACGCGCACAUACCUGCCCGCUAACGCUGGUAUGCCACCUCUCGUGAACUAUGUUCGCCGAACACUCAACGAGACCGACUCGAGGAAAGUCCUGCCUCUUAUUCCUCGCGACUUAGAGUCUGUGCUAGCUACAGAGAUUGCAAGUGGCAAGAACGCCAUGAAGGCCAAUAAACUAGAAGAGGGCAGAGCUGCUUUCAAAAAGGCACUCCAAUUGCUCAUGGUCAAUGCCGUCUCAUCACAGAGCCAGGCACAAGAGGCACUGGCAGCUGUUCAACAAGCAGCGCAAUACAUCCUUGCAAUGUCUAUCGAGCUUGAGCGCAGGACACUGACCGGUGGCUCAACCGACAUCAGCGCUUUCGACGAUGAAACCAAGAAGCGCAGUCUCGAAUUGUCUGCAUACUUCACAGUUCCAGACAUUGAGCCUCAACAUCAAACCUUGGCACUGUUCUCAGCGAUGAAUUUCGCCAACAAGAACAAACAACUCGGCAGUGUCCUCAACUUUGCCAACGCUCUGAUCGAGAGAGGCACUAACGCCAAAUUCAAGGAUAAUGCGCGCAAACUCAAAGCCAUCGCCGAACGGUCCCCCACAGACGCCAUCGAAAUUGAGUACGAUACCUACGCAGAAUUCGAGAUCUGUGGCGCUUCUUUUACGCCCAUCUAUGCUGGUGAAGCGAGCUCGAGCUGUCCAUUCGAUGGCACGAAAUAUCACACGAAGUACAAGGGUACUGUAUGCAAAGUUUGUGAGGUUUCAGCAAUUGGGGCUCCCAGCAGCGGUCUGCGCUUGACUGUCUAGGAAACGGGCAAGAAGAAGACUUGAUGGUAGAGCAAGGCGUACGACAUUGUGAUUACGGUCUGGCAAAAAGUGAGCCUCGAGAGAGACGAUUUGGGUCUACGAAUCGUGCAUUAGUUGUGCUGUAAGCAUUCUGAAGGUGAAAAUGAAACAAAGCCAUUCUUGAUCAUUAUACUUUUUC